UGGCAAUUGUAUACAGCAAAAGAAACUCACUUUCUUCAAACUAACUAAACAAAUAUUUAAAGACAAAAUGAAUUUCAAUAAAUUGUUCGUAUUAUUCGCUCUAAUUAUGGUUGCUGUUGUGGGACAAAGUGAAGCUGGUUGGUUGAAAAAAAUUGGCAAGAAAAUUGAACGUGGGGGUCAACACACCCGAGAUGCUACCAUACGAACAAUUGGUGUUGCUCAACAGGCCGCCAAUGUGGCCGCCACUUUAAAAGGAUAGAAAAUUAAGUUCAAUUAGUUUUUGUAUUUUAUAAGUAGUUCUACAAUUUAUUUAUUCCCAAUAAUACUUAA